ACUCACAUCCGCUCUCCUCGCUAUCUAGUGUUGGAAAAGGGACUUUGUCAAACUGUAGCGAUGUCAGUGCAGGUUGUGGCAGCGAAAAUGGCAGAGGUCGAACUCAAAGACGUCGCCACCGGUAAAGAAUUACCGACCGAUUCCCCGAUAACACCGACCUCGGAGGGACUAAACAUGGCCAGAAACUAUCCACACGAGGCCGGUUCCUCCGCCGCUGCGUCCCCGACAGCGGAGCCCUCCGCCAAAGCCGGGGAAGGCAGCCUGGGCUUGCUCGCCCCAAACGCGGCGAAGAUGCCGCAGGCGUCGGCUAUGAAGCGUCCGGACCCCCAACAGAACGGCGGUGAGGCAUUUGUCAACCGUGACGGCACCGUUGCGGAGGCACCGCGGAUGAAAAAGAUCCAGUUUGCAGACCAGAAACAGGAGUUCAACAAGCGGCCCUCUAAGAUCGGCCGCCGCUCUCUGUCGCGUUCCAUUUCUCAGUCCUCCACAGACAGCUACAGCUCAGCGGCGUCAUACACGGAUAGCUCCGACGAUGAGACGUCUCCUCGGGACAAACAGCAGAAGAACUCGAAGGGCAACGGGGACUUCUGUAUCAAGAACAUCAAGCAGGCCGACUUCGGACGUCGAGAGAUUGAGAUAGCAGAGCAAGAAAUGCCGGCCCUCAUGGCUCUGAGGAAGCGAGCCCAGGGUGAGAAACCACUCGCUGGUGCCAAGGUGGUGGGCUGCACCCACAUCACCGCCCAGACGGCUGUGCUGAUGGAGACUCUGUCGGCUCUGGGUGCUCAGUGCAGAUGGGCCGCCUGCAACAUCUACUCCACCCAAAAUGAAGUGGCGGCUGCCCUGGCAGAAGGAGGUUUCAGCGUGUUUGCAUGGAAGGGCGAGUCUGAGGAUGACUUCUGGUGGUGUAUCGAUCGCUGUGUCAAUGUGGAAGGCUGGCAGCCCAACAUGAUUUUGGAUGACGGCGGAGACCUGACUCACUGGAUCUACAAAAAAUACCCAAAUAUGUUCAAGAAGAUCAAGGGCAUUGUGGAGGAGAGUGUCACUGGCGUGCACAGGCUCUACCAGCUGUCCAAGGCAGGGAAACUGUGUGUCCCCGCCAUGAAUGUCAACGACUCUGUGACCAAGCAGAAGUUUGACAACCUCUACUGCUGCAGGGAGUCCAUCCUAGAUGGCCUUAAGAGGACCACCGAUGUCAUGUUUGGAGGCAAGCAGGUGGUUGUGUGUGGAUAUGGAGAGGUGGGGAAAGGUUGCUGCGCUGCACUUAAAGCAAUGGGCUCCAUCGUCUACGUCACAGAGAUCGACCCCAUCUGUGCCUUGCAGGCUUGCAUGGACGGCUUCAGGCUGGUCAAGCUCAAUGAAGUCAUCAGACAAGUGGACAUUGUCAUCACCUGCACAGGCAACAAGAACGUGGUCGUGCGAGAGAACCUGGAUCGCAUGAAGAAUGGCUGCAUCGUGUGCAAUAUGGGGCACUCCAACACGGAGAUUGAUGUGGCUAGUCUGCGGACACCAGAGCUGACCUGGGAGAGGGUGCGCUCACAGGUGGACCACGUCAUCUGGCCCGAUGGCAAGAGGAUAGUACUGUUGGCCGAGGGCCGUCUCUUGAACCUCAGCUGUUCCACCGUGCCCACGUUUGUGCUAUCAAUCACAGCCACAACCCAGGCUCUGGCUCUGAUAGAGCUGUACAACGCUCCAGAUGGACGCUACAAACAGGAUGUUUACCUGCUGCCCAAGAAGAUGGAUGAAUAUGUGGCCAGCCUCCAUCUCCCCACGUUUGACGCACAUCUCACAGAACUGAGUGACGAGCAGGCCAAGUAUCUCGGCUUAAACAAGAACGGGCCCUUUAAGCCAAACUACUACAGGUAUUAAAGCCGCUUCAGAGGGCUGACGGCAGCACUCCACGACUGGCACAGACUCCAAAGAGGCAGAGGUGGAGCAUGAUGGACAGGAAAGUCGACACACAUCCUUUAUACAUAAUACUUGCUGGGAGGAGGGCCUGAGAGGUGCUCAUUUAAUUUAUUCCCGCUUGACAAGAGUAGUAAUAAUUAAUAAUAAUAAAAAAAAACAAAUCUCAGUGGAGCUGCUCCUGCUGCCAUUUGUCACCAGCUUGCUCGCUCCCCAGUGAAACCUUCCUCUGGCGGAUGUUUGAUUUCCUUUCUUUUGCUCUCACAUUCGCUCCUCCCGAUGCUACCUUUUUUUUCUUUCAGUUCAAAUAUCAAUAAGAAAAAAAUUUUU